AAAACAAAAUGUUCAAAUACGCCGUUGUUAUCUUCGCCUUGAUUGCCUGUGCCGCUGCCAAACCCGGUUUUGUAGCUCCUUUGGCUUAUACUGCUCCCGCUGCCGUUGUAGCUGCCCCCGCCGGUGUUGUCACUGCCACUAGUAGCCAAUUUGUUGCCCGUAACCACAAUGGUAUUGCCACCGCUCCCGUUGUUGCUCCAGUAGCUGCCCCUGUUGCUGCCUACACUGCUCCUGUAGCUGCCGCCUACACUACCCCAGUUGUAGCCAAAUACGCUGCUGCUUAUGCUACUCCUUUGGCCUACUCUGCUCCCGUUGCCGCUGCUUACAGCGCUCCUUUGACUUAUGCUGCCACUCCUUUGGCUUAUGCUAAUGCUCAUUUGGAUGCCGCUUAUGCCAGCAGCCGUGUUGACCUCAAGCAAAACUACAACGCUGCUGUCGUUCCUGCCACUUAUGCUGCUGCUGUUGCUCCUCUUAAGUACACAGCUGCUCCCGUUUUGUUGUAAAUUUAGAUUUUGUGAAAUGAUUUUAGCGAAGUAAAAAAAUUAUCUGUGAUUAAGCGAUUUUAAAGAAAAACUUAGUGCUUUUAUUAAAAAACAAGUAGAAAAAUAUUGUUAGG